AAGGCUGCAAGUCUCUGGACCAGCUGAACCUCACCAUCCCGGCGGCCGGGCACCCCGCGUCGAUUUUUGCGUCGCCUGCCCACCCCCUCUCAGGAUGCCCUGUCCCCAGCGUGCCACCAGCUGCAGAGCCCGUUCCUCACCUGCAGACCCCCAACUCUGACCCUCAGACCAUGGCCCGGGAGUGUCCGCAGAGCUCCAAGCCUCCCAGCGGCUCCAAGUCCGGGCUCCGAAAUACUCCGGGCUGUCUGCACGCCUCGGACAGCAAGGCGGCGGGAGGCCAUUCCCACCCGAAGCAGCAGCGCAUCAGCCGGCGGAGAGCCACCAACGGCUGGAUCCCGGUGGGCACGGCCUGCGAGAAGGCCGUCUACGUGGUGAAUGAACCGGAGCCGGCUGUUCGCAAGAGCUACCAGGCUGUGGAGAGAGACGGGGAGAUCAUCCGGGUACGAGACACUGUCCUCUUGAAAUCGGGACCCCGGAAGAAAUCCAUGCCCUACGUGGCAAAGAUAUCGGCGCUGUGGGAAGACCCCAAAACAGGGGAGCUGAUGAUGAGCCUGCUGUGGUAUUACCGCCCAGAGCACACGCAGGGCGGCCGCAACCCCAGCAUGCACCAGAAUGAGAUCUUCGCAUCCCGGCACCAGGACGAGAACAGCGUUGCCUGCAUAGAGGAGAAGUGCUACGUGCUGACCUUUGCAGAGUACUGCAGAUUUUGUGCCUUGGCAAAGCGUCGCGUCGAAGGGAUCCCAGGCAGGAAAACCAUUAUGGUUCCUCCCUCGGAAGAGUACUCCACCCCUCUGCACCGCAAGGUGCCCGAGGACACAGACCCCGAGCUGGUUUUCCUCUGUCGUCACGUCUACGACUUCAGACACGGGCGCAUCUUGAAGAACCCGCAGUAGCACCGUCCGUGGGUCGGACCGCGGUGGGGAUGAGCGGCAGCGGAGAGCCGGCGGCCAGGCUGGGACAUCUGCACGAUCCCGAUGAAUUCCGUGUGCUGCUCGCGGCCGAGAGCGCCCAGCGCUCGUUCCUCGGACUGAAAAGCGUGCGCAGGAGCAGAUCCCUGCGGAGGAAGGCAGCAGUUGAAAGCACAGCACUUCAUUAAAAGCAUAAAUGAAAAUAUAUACGUAUAAAAUAAAUAUAUGUAUAUAGAUA